AUGUCAGACUCGGGCAUGUCGACGCCCCUCGGUUCAUCUUCCGCCCCGGCCGGUCCUCACAAGGACCGGCACGAGCCUCGCGGUCGGAAACCCAACGAUCACCUCCCUCCCUCCCGCGCGCGUGAAGUUCAACGCGCGUUCCGUCUUCGUCGCGCAGAACAUCUCGCUUCACUCGAAGAACGGAUCAACGCGCUCGAAGCGGAGAAUAGUCAAUUACGACGGUUGCUCAAUAUCCCCGAGGCGGAUCGACCCAAGAUCGGGACUGGGCCCACUGGGCGUGGCAAGUCGUUGAGAGAAGGAGGGGUGCCGAUGUCGGAGCGCGUGAGGGCGAGGCGGGAGGCUGCGCGGGCGCGCGAAAAGCAGAAUAAGGAAUUGGGACUGCCAAGUGAUCCCAAUGAUAAGGCGGAUAUGGAGCUGGCGUCGGAUCACGAUCUAGACGGAGAUGGAGGGGAUGAGCACGAGGGUGGCGGAGGAGGCGGAUCAAGGAGGACAGCGAGGGACACAUCUACCAUCUCGCCAAAGCACAACGGGGUACCCUCAUUACCGCCCCUCCCGCAAAACCCGGGUCUCCCUCUCCCGCUGUUCCAGAACCCACCGGACGGGCAAUACAACUAUCAACUCCCUCUCCCCUUUGACGGUCCCUUAUCCCCCGACAACCCAUUCAACGACUUUGAAUCGGCCAUAUUCAAACCAUCCGCUGGCGGUACCCCCAACUUCUCCAAUAUGUUCAAUCUGUACGAGGAACCACCCCAGCCGCACCCGCAUCAAUUACCCCCUAUGCCGCGUCAACACUCUCACGAUACCCAUUUACACCACCACGACUCGCACUCGCACUCUCACCCGCUCGGCGGUCCCUCUCACUCCUCCCCCCUCUCCCCACCCGUUACUUCUCACACUUCCCACAAUUCCCACAUUUCCCACACUACCGCGGCGCAACCAGAACUCCUCACGCGUCUCAAACAAUGCUGCCACCUCUCCGACUCGCACGUCGUCAACGACCCGGGUCUCCUUAUCUUCGCGACGAGGCUAUGCCAGUCCUUCCCCUGUUCCUUUGGCGGCGCCCACCCCGACUCCCUUACCGCCCUCUCGGACAGCGACUAUCUCCUCCUGGAUGAUAGUUGGCGCGCACUCCGGAAUCAGCUGGAUCCGGGCACGGAUAAUGAUGGAGAGAAUAGGAUCAAUACGGGGAGGAUGGCGGCGGAGCUGGUCAUCCGGGCGGCGCAUAGUAGGGGGCAGGGACAGUGGAUAUUGUGCAGGUAUAGGGAGGGGAUGAGUAUCAAGAGGAGUCUCGUAGGGGGGCUGGUGAAUGGCCUGGGCGGGAACUUUGAGUAG